AUGGUGGAAGUCAAAUAUAUGGGUGAAUAUGACUACAUACCCUCAGUACCAGCAGCCGUGACAUUCAUUGUCCUAUUCGGAAUAUCAACCCUCCUGCAUUGUUGGCAAAUGUUCCGUGGUCGGACAUGGUUCUUCAUUGCUUUUAUAUUAGGAGGAAUAUGUGAGUACCAACUCGAUCGUGUGAUCUCUUCCAACGAAUACCCGAAAUAUACCAUUCCUCCUCUUGCCAUACAAGCCAUUUUCGUCCUCGUCGCGCCGUCACUGCUUGCUGCAAGUAUUUAUAUGGAACUUGGCCGCAUCAUGAUUGUCACCGGCGGAGAGCACUUGUCACCAAUCCGACGCUCGUGGUUGACGAAAAUCUUUGUGGUGGGAGAUGUGAUAUCCUUUUUUGUCCAGGCAGGAGGAGCCGGAAUGCUCGUCAAAGCCAGCACAGCAGCAAAAGGCGGAAGUGUGAUUAAAGUCGGCUUGAUCAUCCAAAUUAUCUUUUUUGGACUCUUCAUCAUCACCAGCAUAAUUUUCCACGUCAAGCUUGUGAAAAACGGGUCAAGGGUGCUACAGCAGCACCAUGUCCCCUGGAAGAAACACCAGACCGUGUUAUACAUCGGUAGUCUGCUCAUUUUCGUCCGUUCCAUCUUCCGGUACAUCGAGUACAACCAGGGAAGUAGCGGGGCAUUGCUCCAGCAAGAAUUCUGGAGUUACAUUUUCGAUGCCGCUCUUAUGCUGCUGGUAAUGAUCGCGUUUAACGUGGUGCAUCCCGCGGAGAUUAGCAGAUUGAUGGAAGAGAGAAAAGGCGAAUAUGGGAUGGAGCUGAUUGGAUGA